AUGACACGAACACCAGCCGCCAAAUAUAUCUCCCUUACGAACGCAUUGGAGCCGCUGGACCCAGCGGAGGUAGAUCAUGUCUACAGCGAGCUCGAGCCAGCAGAUCCAGCUCUUUUGGAAGGUGAAUGGGAUAUGCAUGUCAUCGAUACGGGGCAUCCUGCGCAAGCAUUAGCGGAGGACAUCCUUCCUCUACUGAGUACCAUGGACUUCACUGAAGAUGCUGAGAAGGUCCAUAAAAUCAAAUUUCACGGUGCUGCUGGGAGUCUGAUCAUCCCAGAUGAUCAAAAUUCGACGCGGCGUUUCCGCUACGUGGAUGCAAGUACCAUUGCCGCUACCAAUGGUUACAGGGCAUACUACGGUAAUUCUGGUGUUCUCCAUUUCUACCUUACCCGGGCAGAAGAUUCGUGCUAUAUAGCUUGA